AUGGUAACGGUAUCUCUCUCUAUUCACCAUCCGCUUCAAACCGCUUUGCUUGCUUCUCUAUCCACCACCAAUCUCAUGAGCCCCCUCCAAGGCCCCGACCAGGAAAGUCCGGUACCAAGCACAAACGAUCAGUCACCACGCACACACACACACACACAAAGCAAGACACGUCAAGCAGCCCGCCGAUGCCGAUGCCCACCGCUGCCAAAAAAGGGCAGCACCAACAUCAAAAGCACAAGCAAAAGCAAAAGCAAUGGCAAACAAUUGAAAGGAAGAAAAAUGCAAGCAACACACACACACACACGACGGUUUGCGCCGGUCAAUCGGAUCGCCACGCCCAACGUACCUGCCAAAUCUAUUGGCUCGGCCGAUCGAGCCCCCGUGUAUUUCUUUCUUCUGCGCACCAACCACACCCAUCGAGAGUGUAAUUCGUCUCAGUCUCUCUCUUUUUAUGUAUCUCUCAAACUCUCUCUUUCUCUCAAACUCUCUCUCUCUCAAACCCUCUCUCUCAAACUCUCUCUCUCAAACUCUCUCUCUCAAACUCUCUCUCUCAAUCUCUCUCUCUCAAACUCUCUCUCUCUAACUCUCUCUCUCAAACUCUCUCUCUCAAACUCUCUCUCUCAAACUCUCUCUCUCAAACUCUCGCUCUCUAACUCUCUCUCUCUAACUCUCUCUCUCAAACUCUCUCUCUCAAACUCUCGCUCUCUAACUCUCUCUCUCAAACUCUCUCUCUCAAACUCUCUCUCUCAAACUCUCUCUCUCAAACUCUCUCUCUCAAACUCUCUCCGUCUCUCAAACUCUCUCUCUCUUUCUCACGCCUUGUGUACGAACAACGUGUACUGCCCCUCUGCCAGCCAUGACAGCUCGCCUCUUUCACCACAAAAAUGGGGCUCGUACCUACAACAUGUACUGCCCCUUUGCCAGCCAUGCCAUUCCAAGCCCGUUGGCUAA